AUGGUGAAUACUCGAAAGGGUUCAUAUAUGGUGAAGUCGUCCAAAGAUGAACCUGCAGCUCAAGUUUCGUCGCCUUCUGUACAAAAGGUAAAGAUGAGAGGACGUCAAUUCAAAAGUACUCCACCACGGAGACCUUAUCAGCUCCCAUCCGAAAAAUCUCAAGCGGAGGUUUCAAGCAGACUGUCUGAGUCUGUGCCAGAAACUGUUGCUUCUCUUAAUCCUGUGUCUUCAGGUACACAUGUACCGAAUGUUCCUGAGACUCUUGUGUCUGAUAUGGAUUCAGAUGACCUAGAUGACGUACCUUUGGCUCAAUUGUUGAAGAAGACUACUGUUCCUGAGGAAAGCUCGUCAACUAAAGGAGUGUUUAUUCCCACUUUUGGUAUUCAGCACACUUCUAAUGUUCAACAUGGACCUUCAGUUCACUCUCCUUCUGUUCGUUCUCCUCUUUCUAAGCCACUUCCCUCUAAAGCGAAUAUUGCCCACGCUUUCGUUCCUGGUGAUGUUUCUGCUGCAGCUCAAGUUAGAAUUGAUGUUCAUAAUGAUGAGGAUGAGUUGGAUCCUCCCAAACCUAACGUUCAUUCUGAAGAAUUUCCUCCUGCUGCUGAUAAUAACCCAACCGCUUCACCUACUUCACCUGCUUCUCUUGACAUCCCUGUUGAAUCACAGCCAGCAAAGAGGAAAUCUCAGCAGAAUCGGUGGAAUAUCCUUUCAUCACGAGGAGAAUGUUUAGUGUUGGAAUUUUGUGAUCCAACGGAGGGACUCUUUCAUCGUGGCCUGUCAAUGGUGUACCUGCAGUUGCUCUUAGUGUCAAAUAUGUCAUUCCCAUCAUCACAUGCCUCUAGUGUAUCUGCUGCCUUUGGGACUUUCUUAUAUCGAAUUUGUGAUGAUGACAAGGUGGAUACAGGCGCUUUUAUAUAUAUUCAGCUUUUAAGGCAUGUUGGUUCGUUUGGGGUCAAGAUUCCAAUUGCUCUCCCAUGGUUCUCUAGUCUGCUCCUUCAUUUGAAUACUAUUGUGAUAACUGCAUCUAAUGCUUCUAAACCUGAUCCUAAAACAUUAUCCCUUAGUUACAGACUUUUUCACGGCAGUCAUGUACUUGAUAUUGAUCAUGAUGUGCAUCCUUAUCGAGGCCCGCUCAUCUUCGAUACAAGUGAUUGA